UUUCCCGGGAAAAGCUCAUAGUUACUUUCUGUUGCGCCCACAAUAAUCAUAAUUCCAUCUUAGUCCUGAGCUUUCUGCAAUUACAAACCCGCGGGUGAGGGUAUCAUAGUCUCUGCAAAGUAAAACAGAGUAAAAAGAGGGGACGACUUGUUAAGGCUAAGCGGUGGUGUGUCUUCAAGUGUCGUGCAUGCAUUUUAUGCAUCUGUUGCUUUGCAUGCACUAUCCCCCCAAUCUCUCUCUCUCUCUCUCUCUCUCUCUCUCUCUAUCUAAGCCCAUACACGCUUACGCUUUCUCUCUCUUCCUCUCUCACACCCUCUCACAUAAUAACCCAGAUGGCCGUUACGUUCGUGGCUUCUCUGAUAUAUGGCUGCGUUUCUUCUUUGACUUUGAUUGACUCUGUUCUUUGCCUGUGCUGGUAGCCAAAUUUCGGCUUUUAGGGGUUUGGUUUCAGAGAUUUGCGUGGGUAAGGAGGGUAGGAAGUUGGGAUCCUUCUAUGUUCUGUUCAGAGAUAUUUUGUAGUUCAGAGAGUGAUUGGUUUUCAAAUUUAUGGGGUCCGAGGUUUGUGUCGGUGUUUCUGGUGGGUCGGCCACUGCUCAUGAGUGGAAGAAGGGGUGGACUCUUUCAUCUGGUGGAUUCGCCCAAUUUUGUAAUAACUGCGGAAUUUCGACCGAGUGCAAGCUUGACACCCUUGAUUCCAUAUCUGCCUAUGAGGCAUCCAUUUUCUGUAGUAAAUUCCAUCGUGAACAAACUGGUUGGAGGGACUGCAGCUUUUGUAACAAGAUAUCAAAUCUAUUUGACCUGGUUUGGCAGCCUAUCCACAGUGGAUGCAUAGUAUCUAGGUAUUUGUUCGACUACCUUGACUUUGGAGGUAUAGGUUGCAUCAGUUGUGUAAAGGCUUCUCGUUCGCAUUUGAACACAAAAGAACCUAAAGGUGCUGUUACACCGACCACAACAAAUGCAAGUGAUUGUCGUCCUCAUCACAUUGAUGGGAAACUGUUGGUGGAUAAUGUUGAUGAAGGAAAACUUAUGCAGUUCUGCAGAAUUGUUGAAGCUAGUGAGACUAAUGGUUUGCAUCAGCCUCAAAGAGAUAAAAUGAUUUCAUCUAGUGGGUUGAAGAGCCAAGAUAUUAAGUGUCUAACAAGGGAUAUGGAUUCAGGAUUUUCAAAUAUGCUUACAACAUCGAUUCGGUCACUAAAAUUUCCUUUAUUAGAAAAUAAUAGACCAACAUGGGAGAUUAAAAAUAUGCUUGAACCGCCUGCACAACCAUCUUUGAGUAUGUCCCUGGGAAUUCCAUCAGGAAACUUUGCCCUUGCUUCUGCUAGAGAAAUUGCAGAAGAAAAGCUUGAGGGCAAACCUUCUUCUCUGUUUCAUCAAGGACAGAGAUCUCCCCCUGUAUUUGCUAAACCAUCAAAGACUGGCCUUACCAUGAACAUAGAAACAAAUAAAGGAAUGAAUUCUAUUUCUCAGGCCCAUCUUGCCCGGCCACCUGUUGAAGGAAGGGGCAAGAGCCAGCUACUUCCUCGGUACUGGCCUAGGAUUACUGAUGAAGAGCUGGAGCAAUUGUCUGGAAAUUUGAAAUCCACUGUGGUGCCAUUAUUUGAGAAGGUGCUGAGUGCCAGUGAUGCAGGUCGAAUUGGUCGCCUUGUUCUUCCAAAAGCUUGUGCUGAAGCUUUUUUCCCUCCUAUUUCACAAUCAGAAGGUCUUCCUUUGGAAAUGCAAGAUGUGAAGGGGAAUGAAUGGACGUUUCAAUUCAGAUUUUGGCCUAAUAACAACAGUAGGAUGUACGUGUUGGAGGGUGUGACCCCUUGCAUACAGUCAAUGCAAUUGAUUGCGGGUGAUACUGUGACAUUUAGCAGGAUAGAUCCUGGGGGCAGACUUAUUAUGGGUUUCAGAAAGACAUCAAAUGCUCUAGAAAGUCAGGAUGUGUCUACAUCUGCGCAUUCUAAUGGGAUUACAGCAAAGGAAACAGCCAUUUCUGGUGCAAGGGAGAGCCUGCCGUCAGGAAGUAGUUAUUCUGAUCUUCUUCAGUCUGUGGAAGGGAACAGCGAGCCUCACUUAAAUAGACAAUCAGAACACCUGCAUUUAGGUAACAGGGUAGCUGAUUUUCCUCAAACGGAAAUUUCUGGCCAGAUGAUGAAAAAUGAUUCCCUGCAGCAAUCAGUUUCAGUUUCAGAUAGGAAAAGGACUCGGAACAUUGGGCCUAAAAAUAAGAGGUUGCGCAUUAAUUGUGAAGAUGCUUUGGAGUUGAGACUAACGUGGGAGGAAGCACAAGACUUACUCCGUCCACCACCCAGUGUUCAGCCAAUCAUUGUUACAAUUGAGGACCACAUUUUUGAGGAGUACAAUGAACCCCCAGUUUUUGGGAAGAGAACUAUAUUCAGUGCCUGCCCGUCUGGGGGACAGGAACAAUGGGCUUCAUGUGAUGAUUGCUCUAAAUGGCGAAAAUUGCCUGUAGACGUUCUUCUACCACCUAAGUGGACUUGUUCUGAAAAUGUCUGGGAUCCAACCAGAUCUUCAUGUUCUGCACCAGAGGAGCUAGGACCUAAGGAAGAUCUUUCGAAAUCCAGCAAAGACUUUAAAAGGCGAAGAUUUACAGAAAAUAAUAAGUCAACUGGAGAAUUUGAACCUUCAGGCCUUGAUGCUCUUGCUAAUGUGGCAGUGUUGGGAGAUGGUCACGGGGAUCCUUCUGAGUCAUCAGCUGGGCCCACCACCAAACAUCCUAGACAUCGUCCUGGCUGCACCUGCAUUGUCUGCAUUCAGCCACCAAGUGGAAAGGGAAGACAUCCUGCCGACUGUACUUGCAAUGUGUGCAUGACUGUGAAAAGGAGGUUCAAAACCCUUAUGCUGCGUAAGAAGAAACGCCAAUCGGAACGCGAAGCAGAUGUUAGCCACCAGAUGGAUCAUAGCGAAGCGUCAGAUAUGAAUGGAGGAUCUAGGGGAGACACAAGUCAUGUGGAGAAAGAAGGGAGCAUGAGUAGAAGACAGCUUGAGGUGGGUGAAUGCAGUGCCGUGCAGAUAGAUCUGAAUAGCCAUCCUGAUCGCGAUGACAUGCAAGUUGAUGCACCAAGCAUGAAUGGUCAUGUUGGAGCUCCAAACUGUCAUCCACUACAGGCAUAUAUGGAUCAAAAUGGCCCUAAUGGAGGUCAGGAGUGCUUCUCUAAUGGGGGAUGCUUUGGACCGGUUAUCUUGGAGAAGGAAGGGACAGAUGAUAAGGUAUAUUAUGAUGCCAAUUCAAGUCAGACCAAUCCUCCUUGAUUAUCUUCUUAUCAUAUUUUUUUUUCCAUAUAUAAAAUUAUAAAUAGUUUGCUUUUGAUAAUAUUGUCCAUAUGGAGAUGGGUUUACACAUUACCUUCUCUUGUGUAUAUUCGUUUCUCGUUUCUCAUCUGAAUGAUAGGAAAUAUUUUACUUUGUCCAAGUCUAACUCUUUGACGCUUGUUAUUAUUAUCAUUAUUAUUUUUGGUGAGAGCGUACAAA